AUGAAACUCUACCUGAAUGAAACGUGUCGAGUGAACUUCCCAGGCGACGUCAUUAACGGCAUACUCUGCGUGCGAGAAUGCUUUGAUUUCGAUCUUGAGCCCCGGAUAAAGGUCACUGGAUUCACGUGUAUAUGGAAACCUGGUCUCGCAAAUAGUGUGGUGACCGAUGGUGAAAUCGACGAAUACUCUGUGUUCUUUAACGGCAUGGCAGUGCUGAGUAAAGAAGACGACACACAUACGGAUACGGCUAAUCUGUCACUGAUCGACGAAUUGGAAGGUUAUUCCAAAAUAUUUAAGUUUCACAUUGUUUUGCCGAACAAUUUGCCACCAUCGCAUGAAGUCCCAUUUGGUCAUACAAGGUACAAACUAGAAGUGCAAUAUAAUGGCUUAACCACUCUAGACUAUUUUAGUGUGAACCAAUGGGUUGGUCUGAACAAACGUAAUGACGCUUCCGUUAAACAUGCAACAUUCUUUGUGCCAUUCUACGCAUUUUGUCAAUCAAUUGAAAUGAUAUUAAAUUUAAACCAGUCAUAUUAUUUACCAGGUGAAACUGUUUAUGUAAUAGCUAUGAUACAAAACAAUUCUAGGACAGAUAUAAUUUUCUCUAAAAUACUCAUUGUUCAGAUUACAAAGUACUGGAAGACUCAUCAUCUAUUACCAAUAAAACAUGUCAGAGUAAUUGCAGAAGGAAUACGAGGAUAUAUAUCUAGUGGAAAUAAACAAAUAUGGGAUAGUCAUCCUUUAAAAUUACCAGCAAUUAUUCCAACUACAAAUACAUCCAACAAUCCAUUUAACUAUUUUGAAGUGAAGUAUAAAAUUAAGAUGCUUAUUAAAUUGAAAAAUUCAAAUAAGAGAAUAGUCUUAAAACAAAAUUUAUUUAUUGGUAAUUGGGAUAAAAGUAUCGCUACCAAUGGUAAACAGUUUAUAGAAAUACUGCAAAAUAAUUGCUCAACUUAUGAGGUCGGUGUUAAAGAAUGUCUUCUAGUUAAAGCGGAAAACAUAGAUUUCAUACCAAAGUAUAUGAUUUAUGAGAAAAGUCAAGAAUAA